CCCUGAAGCCCUCAGGUCACUCCCAUCCCUCCCCUUCCAUUCCAUUUUUCCUCGGCGUGUCGCAGGGGGAGCUGCAGCGAUUCGGCUUGUGUGUCUGUGUCGCAGCAGGCUGGACUCAUGGCCUCGCAGCUGCGUUUCGACGGGCGGGUGGUACUGGUCACCGGCGCGGGGGGAGGACUGGGCCGAUCUUAUGCCCUGGCUUUUGCAAAAAGAGGAGCAUCCGUUGUUGUGAAUGACUUAGGAGGGGACAUGAAGGGAUUGAGUAAAGGCUCCUUAGCCGCUGCUGAUAAGGUUGUUGAAGAAAUAAGAAGUAAAGGUGGAAAAGCCGUGGCCAACUAUGAUUCAGUGGAAGCGGGAGAGAAGAUUGUGAGGGCAGCACUAGAAGCUUUUGGAAGAAUAGAUAUUGUGGUCAACAAUGCUGGAAUUCUGAGGGACAAUUCUUUUGGUAGAAUAAGUGAUGAAGACUGGGAUAUAAUCCACAGAGUCCAUUUGCGAGGCUCUUUCCAAGUGACCCGGGCAGCUUGGGAUCAUAUGAAGAAACAGAAGUUUGGAAGGAUUAUCAUGACUGCCUCAGCUUCAGGAAUAUAUGGCAACUUUGGCCAGGCCAAUUAUAGUGCUGCAAAGCUGGGUCUUCUGGGCCUUUCAAAUACCCUUGCAAUUGAAGGCCAGAAAAGCAACAUUCAUUGUAACACUAUUGCCCCUGCUGCUGGAUCACGGAUGACCCAAAACAUUAUGCCUGAAGAUCUCGUGGAAGCUCUGAAGCCGGAUUACGUGGCCCCGCUGGUCCUUUGGCUUUGCCAUGAGAGCUGUGAGGAAAACGGUAGCUUGUUUGAGGUUGGAGGAGGAUGGAUUGGAAAAUUACGCUGGGAGCGGGCUCUUGGAGCCAUUGUGAGACAGAAGAAUCAGCCAAUGACUCCCGAGGCUGUGAAGGCCAACUGGAAGCAGGUCUGUGACUUUGAUAAUGCCACCAAGCCGCAGAGAAUUCAAGAAUCAAUUGGCGGUAUAAUUGGAGUUCUAAAUAAAAUAGAUUCAGAGGGAGGAGUGUCGACAAAUCCUACGAGUCAGGCAGCAUCAACAGCUACAUCAGCUUUUGCUGGAGCCAUUAGCCAUAAACUUCCUUCCUUUUCCUCUGCUUAUACGGAACUGGAAACUAUUAUGUAUGCCCUUGGUGUGGGGGCAUCGAUGAAGGAACCGAAAGAUAGGAAAUUUAUAUAUGAAGGAAGCACCGAUUUCUCCUGUUUGCCUACCUUUGGAGUUAUUAUAGCUCAGAAACCUAUAGUAGGUGGAAAAUUAUCAGAGAUUCCUGGGCUUUCAGUCAACUUGGAAAAGGUUCUCCACGGGGAGCAAUACUUGGAGUUAUAUAAACCACUUCCCAGAGCAGGAAACUUAAAAUGUGAAGGAGUCAUUGCUGAUGUCCUAGAUAAAGGAUCCGGGCUAGUAGUUCUUGUGGAUGUCUAUUCUUACUUUGAGGAGGAGCUUGUGUGUUAUAAUCAGUUCUCUAUUUUUGUUGUUGGCUCUGGAGGCAUUGGUGGAAAACGGACAUCAGACAAAGCUAAGGUAGCUGUAGCCGUGCCUAAUAGACCUCCCGAUGCCGUGCUCAGAGACACCACCUCUCUUAAUCAGGCUGCUUUGUACCGCCUCAGCGGCGACUGGAAUCCCUUACACAUUGAUCCUAACUUCGCUGCUUUCGCAGGUUUUGACAAGCCCAUAUUACAUGGAUUAUGUACAUUUGGAUUUUCUGCCAGGCAUGUUUUAAAGCAGUUUGCAGAUAAUGAUGUGUCAAGAUUCAAGGCAAUUAAGGUUCGUUUCGCAAAACCAGUGUAUCCAGGACAGACUCUACAAACUGAGAUGUGGAAGGAGGGAAACAGAAUCCAUUUCCAAACCAAGGUCCAAGAAACUGGAGACAUCGUCAUUUCAAAUGCGUAUGUGGAUCUUUUGCCAAAAUCUGAUACUUUAGCGAAGACACCCUCUGAGGGCGAGGAGCUCCAGAGUACUCUGGUCUUUGAGGAGAUAGGUCGCCGCCUUAAGGAUAUCGGGCAUGAGGUGGCGAAGAAGGUCAAUGCCGUAUUCGAGUGGCAUAUCACUAAAGGUGGACACACGGCAGCCAAGUGGACUAUUGACCUCAAAGGCGGAUCUGGAAAAGUGUACCAAGGCCCGGCCAAAGGCUCAGCUGACGCAACCUUCACCCUUUCAGAUGAAGAUUUCAUGGAAGUGGUCCUGGGCAAGCUGGAUCCCCAGAAGGCAUUCUUUAGUGGCAGACUGAAGGCCAGAGGGAACAUCUUGCUGAGCCAGAAGCUUCAAACGAUUCUUAAAGACUACGCCAAGCUCUGAAGGACACACCGCAGUGUGAACAAGACUAGAAAAACUACAUACUCUCUUCGCCCAGAUAUGCAAAUCUGAUUAAGCACAAGUGAUCAAAACUAAGAUACAGGGAAAGCUGCUUACCAUUUUCAGGUUUUAGAUAAGUUUGGAGAUUUUAAUUUUUUACUAAUUUUUCACAUUAUUGUUCUUUUUACAAGAAAUGUAAGCCAGCACGUAAUAUCUUUCUGUUCUCAGAGCUCUAUCUUCAUAAUAAAAAAACUUUCACCCAGGUCUUUAGAAUCAUAAUAGCAUUUAUAAGUGGAAAGGAAAAUUAGAUGAGGAAAGGCCACUUUGAAGUCUUUUACACUUUGUUUUGUUAUUUUCUGAUCUCUAACUUACUGAUAUCCCAGUUUUAACAUGAAUUAUCACACAUAUUCACUUGUUUUUCAAGUGUCCUGCUUCAAGGCAGGAGAAGGGUCUUUAUGUUCCCAAAUAGUUUUCUUUCUAUUCCACUCUGUUUUGCUGGAAAUCCUUUAUUUUCACACAAUGCCUGUAAAUACCAAACAGGGUUUUCUUGCUUAAUCGGUCAUUGGCAAUCAUAAAGCUGUGACUGACAGGUCCUGUCAUGCUAAUGUUCUCCCCACACAUAGCAGGUGAGGUGUGCUGAUGGAAAUCCCCUUUCGAUGGGUUGGCUGCAGAGGUGACCAGCAGGUGGGGUGCUGAAGUCGAGGAAGGCCUGAAUGCCGCUCCUAGAGCACAGCUGAAGGGGACAUGUGGGGAGUGGGGGGCUGUUCCGGGCUCAGUUUCCUGGGAGACAGACUUCGAGAUGGAGAUCUGCGGGUAGGAGCUGUAUUUGGAGGUGUUCUUGAGACUGACGCCUGGAGCGGGGGGUUGGUAAACAAAGGAAGCCCAGGGAGACAUUUGGCUGUGGUGGGUGCACUUACCACAAGGCCUCAGCUGGUCCUUUGGGAUGGCCCUUCAGCAUGGCCCGAGCGAACUUGUCACUGGUGACUGGGCUGAGCCGUUGAUGAUUUCCUGAGCUGCUGGGUGGACUGUCUUCGGUCCGAAGAAGGCUUCUGGGAGGGUGGUCUGGCAUUUCGCUUCAGGGAGCAAGACGGGGGGAUCUACAGCUCAGGGAUCAAAGGAAAUGCUCCCAGAAAUGUGGAAAUGGAAUACUUAUGCAGCGGUGGAGCACAGAGGAGCUCCUUAAUAGGUUACAGUCGACCUAAUGGAUGAGCUGGGUACGUAGAAGGUGUUGAAGAAAAGUUACAUACUCGGCAGUCAUGCGCUAGCUUCAUGAUCUCUGAAUGCUGUUAUAAAAUUAACUGUAAUGUAAAGUGAUUUAUUGUUCUACCAGUUGAAUUUGUUUAUAAAGUAGCAGUCUUUUAACA